CAAUCAAGGCAACAACGCGGUUCAAUGCUUUGCGUGGCCUUGACACCGCGAUGGGGUUGAUCGGCCAUUGCGACAUCUGAUAGACAUGGAGAGCGGUUCUGACAGACGUCAGUCUGCCUUGAAACAACUCUUUGCCUGGAAUUUCUAUUCCCGUGUAUGGGAUGAUUGUCAGUCGAUGGGAUGGUCUAAAACUAUUAUUCUUCGCACAAAUAAAAGAAACUAGAAGCAAAAAGAAAAGACUGCCUCGGCCAGACGGUGAGCGAGGCAGUCAAUGACAGUCCCUUGAUGCGCAAUAACCCUUCGAUCUGACCUUCUAAAUGGCUGUUGUGGUGGGUUUUAUUAUGGGGGUUGCAUCUGCCCCUGAAGAACGAUCCGCAUCCGGUCCCGUGUCAGUUCAGGGGCUAAAGUUAAUGGCCUCCAGCAUUUCUGGUUACGAUGAUGUUAGAGUAGUAAAUAGUCCCAAAGACGACGAGAGGAAUUCCUACAAAUCAGAUUGGAGUCUGAACUCUGAAGUUAGUCCUUUUGGUGGCGUGGGAGGACAUAGUAAGAUCUCACCACCAGGCUUCGAUUGGAAUUACCUCCGUACAGUGUCGUAUUAUCUUGCUAGCAUCAUCAGAUUAUGAUUGAAAAAGAACGCGUGUUGGAUGAA